GUGAGAGUGGAGGCACUGCGGGAGUGGGUCAGUCAGUUGACGCUGCUGACUCGUGCAGGCGGUGCCCCGGGUGUCAGCGGCGGAAAGCAGCCGGUGUUCUCUCCCUCUCUUGUCUCGCUUCAGAAGAAAUAAUGUGUCCCGGGAACAAAGCGGCGUGAAGCGGCUCGGACGGCUGGAGGAUGAGCGGGCGCGUGCUGAACGGCAAAAUGCUGCAGCUCCCGGCUCCGCAGCGCGCGGGGAGGACAAUGCACUUUCUGUCCAGCUGGGAUGAGAGCAGCUCCAUCAGCAGCGGCCUCAGUGAUGGCUCAGACAACCUGAGCUCCGAAGAAUUCAACACCAGUCCCACUCUCAACUCACUUCCCACCACUCCCAUCGGCUCCCGCAGGAACUCGACCAUUGUGAUGCGAACAGAUGCGGAGAAGCGAUCUUUGGUGGAGAGCGGCCUGUCGUGGGACACCGAUGAUGCCAAACCUGGCCGCAAGAGCCAGGGCAGUAGCGGCUACAACACAGGAAGUCUCAAGUCCGAAUCGGCCAAUAAAUGGAAAAAGACGAGGCCGCAGCAGGGUGAGGGGCUGGAAGGAGGUAAAGGCGAACUGAAGAAGCCUCAAACCCUGGGUCAAGGAAACAUGUUGAAGAAAGGAAGAAACCCACCCGUGGGAGUCACGUCCCCGAUCACCCACACUUCUCAGAGUGGGCUGAAAGUGGCAGGUACAGUCAGAUCAGAUGGGAAGCCCAUGGAUAAGUCCAGGUUGGCAGUGAAGACUUCAGGUCUUCAGCGCUCCUCCUCUGAUGCUGGUAAAGAUCAUAGGAAUGGCACCGGUGGUGGUGAACAGCGCAAACCUCCAUCUGGCCUGGUCCGGCCCUCAACAGGUGGAAACUUUGGCUUCAAGAAGCAAACCACUAAUGGGACAAACCAUGCCAGUGCGUCUGCUGUGAUGAGCACAGGUGGCAGUUCAAUACCAGGCGGCUCUGCAACUGUGGGGAAGGUUCCCAAAACAUCUGGUAUUCCGGUCAAACCCGGGGCUGGUGGUGGUGGUGGAGGAGGAGGACGGAAGACAAGUCUGGAUGUUUCAAGCAGCGAUCAUAGUGGUUUUCUGUCCCCAAAUGCCAGGACGUCUCUCCAGUACCGCUCUCUGCCUCGUCCUGCCAAGACAAGCACACUGACUCUAACCCGACCGAGCUCUGCACGCCCAGUAAGCACCACCAUGGACACAAGCUGUGGACUGAUCAAGCCCUCCGCUACAGCACCUCAGGGCUCGAGGCUCAAAGAACCUGCCUCAGGGUUUGGUUCUGGAGCAGGGAUGAGUAAAGGAGGGAGCCGUGGGAUUCCAAGUCCUAGUCCUGUCAAUCAAACAGACAGAGAGAAGGAGAAAGAGCGAGCCAAAGCGAAAGCUGUGGGGUCUGACUCUGAGUGUGGAGGUGGGUCUCUGAAGGGGAGCCCUGCUCAGACCCCCUCAGAGAGCGGAGUGAAGCUACAGGGACUGAGACCUCCCAGUGGUAAGGGCAUUGACCUGCCCUCACCCAACACACACAGAUUAUCUGGAGUACGCAGCCUCGCUAAGCCUCCAUCUAUGGCACCUCUCGACAAGCUCAACUCCAACAGCCUGGAUGUGGGCGUUCAGGACUCACUGCCCCCGAAAAUCCCCCCCUACUCUAAGCUCCAGGACCUGGCUUGCUCAGCAGGCAGCCCCUGUCUCACUCCCAGCCCUGCCCCGUUACUCAAUGUGAACUCGGCCUGCUUCUCGAGCUCUGGGAUGGGGCUGGGCCCGAGGCAGGUCUCUUCUCUUGGGGUGGAAGGGGGCAGGGGGAGCACUUCUCCCCUGCUCUACCCCCGUCUGUCUGGGCUGCAUCGGAGCAUGGAGUCGUUGCCGCUACAGAUGAGUUUGGCUCCAGAGCCCCAGGGAAGAGGGAAGAAUAGGGAGAGGGAGAGUUUGGUGCGAGGCUACACCACCUUAGAGUCCAGAGACAAAGAGAGACAGGAAGACAGAGGCCCCCCUCCCAGCUGGAGCUCAGGAAGUAAAGUGUCGCUGACUCUCACAGACAACUCUCAGAGAGACAGAAACACGCUGCCAAAGAAAGGUUUAUGCGGUGGCUCCCAGGUUGAGGAGGAAGGGAAGGAGAAAGGAGAGAGGAGACACUCUCAUUCUAUUCUCAGUAUGACCGACUCGCUCACUCUUCCAUUGAUGUCUUCACCCACCUCCUUGCCCCGCACCUCUAAGACCAGUAUGGUACCCAGCCCUGUGGGCGGACCUCCGAGGAUGACUCGGUCCAACAGUAUCCCAACACACGAUGCCUCUCUGGAGCUGUACGCAGCAUCUCCACUGGGCAGCACGCUGUCGCUGGCUGAGCGUCCACGCAGCAUGGGAAUGGUUCGCUCUGGAUCCUUCAGAGACAAAGAGCCUGAUGAAGUUCAUGGGUCUGUGCUCUCAUUGGCAUCCAACGCCUCCUCAAGCUACUCCUCGGUGAGUGUGGGCAACAUGCAGAAUCAGUGCACGCUAGAGACAAGACUUUCUCCUUUGGCUGAGGAAAGGAUUCAGGGAGAGCAAAUCCGCAAGCUGAGGAGAGAGCUGGAAUCAUCACAGGAGAAGGUGUCGAACUUGACCACACAGCUGACAGCAAACGCAAAUCUGGUGGCCGCCUUUGAGCAAAGUUUGACAUUGAUGACCACUCGGCUCCAGAGUCUGUCAGUGAGCCACGAGCAGAAGGACACGGAGCUGGUGGAGCUGCGGGAGACAAUCGAAGACUUGAAGACCAGGAAUGAAGAGGCCCAGGCUGUUAUUCAUGUAGCUUUAAACAAUCCAGAUAACAUGAAAGAUGUGCAAAUUCGACGUCAGAACUCAUGUGAGAGCAUCUCAAGUCUUAACAGCCUGACCAGUUUGUCGAGUGUCGGUAGCUUGAAGGACCAAGACGCCAAGAAGAAGAAGAAAAAGAGCUGGCUGAGAAGCUCCUUCAACAAGGCAUUCAGCAUCAAGAAAGGCUCCAAAACCUACUCAGACAUCGAGGAAAUCGCCACCCCCGACUCCUCGGCUCCAAAUUCCCCAAAGAUGCUUCAUGAGGGGGGAGAGGGGGGAGAAGGAGGAGAGGGAGGGGAGCUUCACCCCUCAGCCCUCAAAACCUCCACCUCUGCCACCUCCUCUGUGAUCAUGGAGACAACAGAAGAGGGGGACAAUGAGGAAGCAGCAGUGUCAGAUCUACGCUCAGAACUCUGGGUGAAAGAGAGGGAACUGACGGACAUCCGACUGGAGGCCUUAAACUCCGCUCAUCAGCUGGAGCAGCUCAGAGAUGCCAUGAACAACAUGCAGUCAACCGUAGAGAACCUGAAGGCAGAGAACGACCAUUUGAAAACAGGUGAGGUCGCAGGCUCUGGCCCCACCUCCUCCACCUCCCAGCCCUCAGGCCUGGCCUCUCUUCUGGGACCCUCACUGAGGCAGCCAAUGAGCAUGCCCCUCACCAAGUCCUUCAGCCUCAGUCUGAAUGAUUGUAAAGAUCCAGACGUGUCUUCAGUUGACAUGUUGGGUGUUUCUUCCUCAAGGGAUGAGGUGUGUGCACGAGUUCUGGUCGGCAUUGGAGAUCAAGCAGAGGUCAGUAAACAGCAGCAGGAGCAUUACUUGGGAUCAGUGCUGGUCAGUGCGAGGACGGACUGGACUUGUCUCGAUUCUCUUAUCGCCAAGAUCUUUAAAGACUACCUAACUCAAGUGGACCCAACAGCCAGUCUGGGUCUGGCCUGUGAUUCACUGCACACGUACCAGCUGACCCAGGGAGUGCAGAGGGUGAUCGGUGGGGACAGACCUCAGGCCUCACCAUAUCGUUGUCUCAGCAGUGGUCAGGCUCGGAUAAUUGUCACCCUGAAAGGUCUUAGAGAAAAAUGUGUUGACUCACUUGUGUUUGAGACCCUGAUUCCUAAACCCAUGAUGCUGCACUACAUCAGCUUGCUGCUGAAGCACCGGCGUCUGGUUCUGUCCGGGCCCAGUGGGACAGGGAAGACGUAUCUAGCUCAGCAUCUCGCCCACCACCUCCUGCAGCGCAGCCGGAUCGAGUCUACUGAUGCCGACCACGAGACCUGUCUCCUGGGUAGCAGCGCCGCCAUCACCUUCAACAUGCACCGUCAGACACAGAAGGAGUUGCAGUUGUAUCUGUCCAACCUAGCCAAUCAGAUUGACAGAGAGAGUGGAGGAGAGAUGCCAUUGGUUGUUAUCAUAGAUGACAUCAGUGAUCCAGCAGCCAUUACUGAGCUUGUUAACGGAGCGCUCACCUGCAAGUAUCACAAAUGUCCGUACAUCAUCGGAACAACCAAUCAGCCAGUGAGGAUGUCGUCCAACCACGGGCUGCACCUCAGCUUCAGGAUGGUGAUGUUCUCCAACAACGUGGAACCAGCGAACGGGUUCCUGGUGAGGUACCUGCACCGUAAAGCUGUGGAGGCCUACCAAGAGAAGGAGCAGGACUCAACACGCCACCAAGCUCUCCUCCACGUUCUCGACUGGGUCCCUCAGCUCUGGUAUCACCUCCACACGUUUCUGGAGAAACACAGCACUUCAGACUUCCUCAUAGGUCCCUGCUUCUUCCUAUCGUGCCCAGUGUCAGUGGCUGAGUUCAGGCAGUGGUUUAUUGAUCUGUGGAAUCACUCCAUCAUUCCAUACCUGCAAGAGGGAGCCAAAGAUGGAAUCAAGGUCCAUGGGCAGAAGUCGGCAUGGGAGGAUCCAGUGGAGUGGGUGAGAGGCACCCUCCCGUGGCCCAGUGCACAGCAAGACCAGUCCAGACUCUUUCACCUACCUCCCCCCAGCAUAGGUGCUCUCAGUGAGGAGAAGAAGCUGCCCAAAGAAACACCUCCGCCCAGCACGCUGGAGUCCGACCCACUGAUGGCGAUGCUGCUGAAGCUGCAGGAGUCGGCCAACUACAUCGAGUCUCCAGAGCGGGAAGGCAUUCUGGAUCCUACUCUGCAGGCUACACUCUGAGGACAACACACGAAUGUCAAUCAAGCUGUGUGGAGCCACGGACUCUUUAUCCUUACGGCUGACACAGCGAGUGCAGUCCUGAUGAGACUUUAAAGACUCAAUCAUGAACUCUACUGUGUGCUCAGUGAGCAGUUACAAAGCUAUGUGUAAAGGAUCGACGGAGAGAGUGAUUAUGGACGAAGGGUUUGCUCUGCCCUGCUAUCACAACAUUGGAAAGACAAUUAACCUGCUCUCAUAGGAAGCUGUGAUGAUGAUCAUGUCAGGGUAAAAAGAUUAUUGAUUAUUCUCUUCUCUGCCCCAGUUUGUCCCAGAUUCACUGCUUUUGGAUCUGUAAGUGCAUGGUAACCGGAAUAGUAUAAUUAUGUAUAAUCCUCCUUAUCAAGACCUAUUUCUUUUUGGUUUGACCUCACCACCUUAACUUCAACUAUGUUGGUGCUCACGUACUUCGUUUUCAGAAAGAAAAUUUCAACUCAGAAGUAAAACGGUCUGAUUUCCUCAAAUGCAGGAUCGUCAUUUGACAACAGCAAAAAUAAUUAAAAAAUGCACUUUAUUUUCUACAUGUGGAAUUUGAAAUCAAGGAGGCUGUGUCAUUGAUUGUGCAUGAAAUGGAGGACUAUCAGUUCGGACAAAUCAUGCAGUUCAGUAAAGGUUCCUCUAGAUGGCAGCAUCUACUACUUUCUGCCUCAGUGCCAUCCUGGUAUUCAAUCUUCUCAAAGGUGCUUGGUAGAAAAUAACACACACACACACACACACAUUCAAUAACCAUAGAAAUGGCCUUGAAUGAUGGUUUUUCUUUUGAGUUCAGCCAUUUUGUUAUUCAUAGAUCAAAUAUCAGCCCAGAGAAACUGUAAGAGAGACAUGCAUGGGUGAAUAAUGAAUUGAAAAUCAGUUUUAGGGCGGGUCUGUGCAGAAAAAAACAUCGUCAUAUCCAGUGGUUUACUUCAGUAAUGUGUUAAAGAUAUUGUAAACACACAGAAAAAAAAUACAAAAUCUGUUUGUUUAUCUAAUCUGCCAAAUCUGUUAGCCUCCCAUGUCCGGCUAUGCUUGCUUCUCUUCUCUACUUCUCUAUCUGAUUCAAAACACAAACUUCUCUUGUGAUAGUUGAGGAUCUACGACUUUUAAAAUCUUGAUUUUGUAGGAUUUUAUACUUCAGUGAACAUGAUUAUUACCGAGUACGUAAACCACACAUGCCAUUAUCGACAACAGCCGACAGGGUAGACAGGGAUGAACUCCUGUCGUCACUGUUCCGAUCAUUUCUCAUUUGUUCUCCCAACAGCUGCCAACGAGUGAUAAAGACAUGUACAAAAAAAAAAAUUCUUCCUCACUGCAUUUGCUCUUUAUAUAUUGUAUAAUGUUUUUUCAAACUGUAUCAAUCAGUUUCUUUCUCAUACAGUUUUUAAGAUUUACUGUCAAGGGCUGGGGUUAGGAAUGCUUCAAUCUCAUUGGUGGCUUUCUCUCACCUCUUCCCUUUUUUCAUUUGCACACGAUAUUUGUUAGAGAGUACCAGAGUGCAGAGUAUUUAUUUCUCGCUUCUUGACUGUUCUUGCAAUGAAGGAAGAUGGCAUAUAAAGAUGCGUAAAAGGAGGAAACUGUAGAGAAACACUUAAACCCCCCCCUUGACCCUGAAGUACCUCAAACUGCCAUAUUUUGUCCCCGAUGUCCCUCUACUCUCCAAACAGCGGAGUGGGAAGUAGAGACACGAUGCCUAGUCUAUCUGUGCCUGAAACACAGUUUGGCCUAAAGCUGCUUUAACCUACCACGCGGAGGCCUCAACUCAGAGGCAGCGUCCUCACUUCCUCUUGCCUACUCUGAUGUCACUUUAAUGUCGUCACCUUAAGAGUGGGUUAGCGAAUUGGGUCUUUGGCUGUUGUGUCAGUAAACUGCAUUAGAUGAGAUUGUGUGUCAUGACAGGGCUGCUUGUGUGCGAUUGUACACCUUUUGAAACUGACAGUGUGAAAGAUAUGGACAUCUUUGAGGAGUGGCCCAGAGAACACGAGACGGUGAAUGGAUCUUAUCCUGGAGAUGUAACGUCGAUGCAUGUGUCCCUGAUGUGUUCCCAAAGUUCUCUUUCAUUGGACCUACCACACUUAACCUUAUCACGGGAGGGGAUUUUUUAAUAACUGGAUAUGUUCCUUGUUUUUGUUGUUUCGCAUUGUUUUUAAGAGCAGACGUUUGUUUUUAUUAUGCAAAUAUUUGUAAAUUUUUCUUCCUCUUUUUGUACAUGACAUCACUAUUGUACACACUGUAUAUAGUCAUAGCAUCUGCGACAACAAUCACUAAAAAAAGAUUUAGAGAUGUGAGAGAAGGCAUGGCUCCUGUAUGCAGAACAAUGGACGUCCUCUGUGGUUUUUAAUGUCUUCCUCCAGCAGGAAGGAGCACUUGGCUUGAUAGGGGACUUUAUAGUGGUUGUCUGGCAUGUUUAUAACCACAUCAACUUCCAUAUGUCUAACAUUGAGCUGUGGACACAAUAAAGUCAUGCCAUUCUUCAUCACUG